AUGUCAUCUACUUGGGUACCACAUGGACACAUUCUCGACAAGGAUGUCGAGGAACCUUAUCAAAACGCAAAAGUUUCCAUCGAUGCAUUUGGAAAAGGACAUCAUUCGAUAAUCUUAAUUGAAGAUCUUUGCAGACUGACAUGGUUUCCACUACCCGAUUUCAAGUCUAAUUCUCAAAUUCCGCCAUCCUAUGAGGUUACGAAAGGUCCCAACAAAGCAAAAGUAUGCGAUCUCGUUACGCGAUCUCUCGACAAAACUCACAAAUGGUAUCUCUUCAGUUUUCACGAGGGAAAGGAAAAGCAAGCGCAAGUCGAUAAUUCUGCUGAGUCUGGGUCCACGAUUAAUAUCAAUAUCAAGGACCUCGAGAACCGGGCUCAGGAUUAUUGCAAGGAAUUUUUUGAUGUACAUCGGGAUGUGGAUUUGGUGUACGUGAAUACUUUUUCUGGCGUAUCUGUACGAUUCUGGAGUGUUCGUCGAGGUGAUGAGACACUGAGAGGUUUCUGGGGCGGUGAUGAAAAGGAUCAUUUUGAGCACUAUAGAGAUGUGGGACUCGAUGCGCAUUUCCACGAUAUUGAACGGGCGCUUUUGAGGAUGAGGCCUGUAUCAAUACCACCAGUUGGACAGGUAUUUUCUCAGAUUGGGACAGUGUCUUUAGGAGGGCUGUCGGUGACUUAG